GCAGACAAAUGUGGAGCUGUUUUGAUGUUUGACAUGGCACAGAUUAGCGGUCUUGUCGCUGCCAAGGAAAGUCCAAAUCCAUUCGAUUAUUGUGAUAUUGUUACCUCAACAACACACAAGUCUCUCCGUGGACCUAGGGGCGGCAUCAUAUUUUACAGGAGAGGCUUGAAGCCCAAGAAGCAAAGCAUGAAUCUUAAUCACUGUGAGAGCAAUAUCCAGUAUGAUUUUGAAGAAAAAAUCAACUUUUCUGUCUUUCCAUCGUUGCAAGGCGGGCCUCACAAUAACCAUAUAGCUGCUCUAGCCAUUGCCCUCAAGCAGGCCGCUUCACCAGAGUACAAGCUUUACAUGCGACAGGUCAAAAAAAAUGCCAAGGCUUUAGCAUCUGCUUUGAUAAGCAGAAAUUGCAAGUUGAUAAUAGGCAAGGUGUAUGAGAAAGUAUGCGAGAUGUGCCAUAUCACGGUCAACAAAGUCGCCAUUUUCAGCGAGAAUGGUGUUAUUUCCCCUGGAGGAGUGAGAAUAGGCAGUCCGGCUAUGACCUCAAGAGGUUGUUUAGAACCAGAAUUUGAGACAAUGGCUGAGUUUCUAUAUAGAGCUGCUCAGAUAGCUAGUGCUGCACAAAGGGAACACGGGAAGUUGCAAAAGGAACCGCUUAAAAGCAUCUAUCACUGUAAAGAGAUUGCGGAUCUUCGGAACCAAGUCGAAGCUUUUGCUACCCAGUUUGCAAUGCCGGCCUUUGACAUGUGAGUCAGCCUGAAGAACGAGACCAACUCAGUAUCUCUCAUUUUUUUGUUGCCAUGGUAAUCUAAAUCCAUACACCCAUUUCUCUAUUUUACAAUGUCAACAUUCCCUAAAUUGGCUAAACUUAGAUCAAUAUUUGCGGGGGAAAAACAAACUUUUGUGAGUUGCUAUGGUCGUUUAUUAUUCAAUGCUUGUGUACAUAGACAUUGGGGCUGUGUUGGGUAUUAGUGUAUCCCCUUAUGUUCUUUUAAAAUGGUAAUAAUAAUGCAGUUGAUGA